AGAGCAGCCUUUGUGACUUCACAGGCCAGGUGGGCUUCUGUGCUGGUGCCCUGGCCCUGCUGCCUCCAGGACCCUGGGGGAAAACUCUCCUCCGGAGCCCCCCAACUGGGUCCCCCCCCGUCUCUCCUGGCUUCCCUUAUGGCCCACCCCCCACAAACACCCCAGACCCCUUACAGGCCAGCUCUGCAGCAGGCAAGAUGGACAGCGGAGGGACCCCAAGUCUCAAGAUCAGCGAGGCCGAUGCUAACUGGGAACUGAUCCGGGACAAGGUCAUCGAGGAGCGCUUCGGGCCCACCGUGGUGCCGGUGCCCUUCCUGGAAGAUGCCACCUCCUAUGACCUCCUGACGGUGCUGAUCAAGAAAGCACAACUGGGGCAGACCCUCCUGCGCAGGCAGAGCUGCCUGGUGCCCAUUGGGCCCCUGGAAAGCCUGCUGCCUGGGGGGCCCGCCCCGAGGGAGCUGACCCACUGCACCCGCGAGUACAGUGCCCGGGUGAGGGGCGAGUCCCGCUAUGAGGAGACACGGCUGGUGGAUGGGGCCCUGCGCCACAUCCGCCUCUGCAUGGUCGGUGUCCAUAAGAAGGUGGCCUUCUUGGCCCUGCGUCCCGGGAUGGUGGCCCUGCGCCCCGACCUGCCCUGGCUGCGCUCCCAGAGCAGCCUCUACGUGGUGCACGAGGUCUUCUACGCCGGCAGCCUCUCCCUGGCCGUCACCCAGGAGGCUGAGCACCGGCACUUCGUCCAGGAGCAGCCCCUCCCCGUGGCCUUCUCCUGCCUCAAGUUCGCCCUCAGCCACAAAGGCGUGCUGGGCUCCCAGAAGCCCAUGGGCCAUAGCCUGCCUGCCAGGGCGGCCUGGGUGAGGAUGGCCAUGCUGGAGGCCUCCCCCCCAGCCAGGGCUCUGGAGGCCCCCCUGCCCAGAGAGAGCAUUGCCCUGCGCAAGCGAUGGAGGGCCCUGGGCAGGCCUCUGCGGACAAUGACAGGGAAAUGGCCCUUCAAGCAGCGACGGCCCAAGCUGGGGUUCUCCUGUGGCAGCCUGGCCGACCCCGAGAGGCACUGCAUGUCCCUGCCCCUUCUGCAGAGCAUCGCGGCCGCCGAGAGCGACACGGAAGAGUGACCUGGAUGGCAGCUCCUCCCCACCCAGUAAUAAAUCACCUUUUUUCGCAUGUA